ACAGACGGAAGGCGACGCGGCCUCACUCUGGGUCCUUAACUUCUCCUGCGCAACGUACAUUGAGAACAAAAACAUUUGUGGAAGUCGAAUAUUUUGCUCUGCCGGAACAUAGCCUACAGCUCGAGCAGUUUACUUUUCUUCGAUCUACACUAUUCCCGCUGAGGGAAGUGCCUGCUAUUCCACUGAAAGACCACUGUCUACAGAUAACGUUCUACUCCGACGGAGAAACGUGGAAGUGCCAAUGGAAUAGUUCUUCCUCAGGAAAAGCGGAGAUACAUCUGGAGAUACAUCUGAAGAGUUAGGAGUGGAUUCAAGCCAGUGCCUGCAUUGCUGGCACACGUGUUUAAACCACCUUAAACUACUCUCAAGUUCUCAGUUCUUCCUAAUCCAGGGGACAAAGAAAUGAGGAGCAGCUCCCACCGCCACCACAGAGACAGAGGAUGAGUGCUCUUUAAAUCACUGGGUUUUGUCAUGAAUGCCUUCCUGAUGGACCAGGGAUUCAGUGGGUCUUCCCGACUAGCUGGAUUUGUGAGCCGCAAUGAGAGGCAUGUCUUUCAUUCUAUCUGCACGUCGUUUUAAGGCUCUAACCCUCAGCUGGGGGUAGAGGCCGUUCACUGCAAAACACUUCACUUCCUCAAACCAUUUAAAGUAUUUAAAAAAGAAACACAGAACACACGUAUGCACUGAGAAUGAUAUGCCCAAGGAAGAAGAGGCCGACAAAAGAUGAGGAUUUCUCAGCCAUUGCUGUACCCUCUAUGAAAGGCCAUGGUUAUCUGGACUACACCAUAGAGAGCCACCCCACCAGAGCUAUGCAGAUCAUGGAUGAGUUUCGCAGACAUGACAUGCUAUGUGACUUGGUUCUUCAUGUGACCUACAAGGAUAAAGUUGUGGAUUUCAAGGUGCAUAAAUUGGUACUGGCCUCCUGCAGCCCGUACUUCAAAGCUAUGUUCACCAGUAACUUCAGAGAGUGCCACGCGUCCGAGGUGACCCUGAGGGACGUGUGUCCGCAGGUGGUGGGCCGGCUCAUCGACUUCGCCUACACGUCGCGCAUCACUGUCGGGGAGAAAUGCGUGCUGCAUUUGCUCUUGGCUGCCAUGCGCUACCAGAUGGAGGACGUGGCCAAGGCCUGCUGCAACUUCCUGGUCAAGAACCUCGAGUCGUCCAAUGUCAUUGGCAUCGCCCGGUUUGCUGAGGAGAUCGGCUGCAUGGACCUGCACAAGCACUGCCGCGAGUACAUCAACACACACUUCAACGAGGUGACGAAGGCAGAGGAGUUCUUCAGCCUGAGCCACUGUCAGCUGCUGGAGCUGAUCAGCCAGGACAGCCUGAAGGUGCUGUGUGAGGUGGAGGUGUACGAGGCCUGCAUCGAGUGGGUCCACUGGGACGUGGAGAACCGGGCGCAGUACUUCCACGCGCUGCUCAAGGCCGUGCACAUCUACGCGCUGCCGGCCAAGUUCCUCAAGCGCCAGCUCCAGCACUGCCCCAUCCUGAGCAAGGCCAACUCCUGCAAGGACUUCCUCUCCAAGAUCUUCCAGGAGAUGUCCCUGCGCAAGCCGCUUCCCCCGGCACCACACCGCGGCACGCAGCUCAUCUACGUGGCCGGCGGCUACCGGCAGCAGUCGCUGGCCUCCCUGGAUGCGUUCGACCCGGUGCGGACCAAGUGGCUGCGGCUGGCCGAAAUGCCAGCACCGGGCAGUGGCCUUGGGACCUGUGUGCUGUUUGGGCUCCUCUACACUGUGGGUGGCAGGAACCUGUCGCUGCAGAACAAUGAUGAGUCAGGCAUCCUCUGCUGUUACAACCCCAUGACCAACCAGUGGAGCCAGCACGCCUCGCUCAACACACCACGGAAUCGGGUCGGCGUCGGGGUCAUUGACGGGAGCAUCUACGCCGUGGGAGGCUCACAUGGAUCCAGGCAUCUCAACACAGUAGAGAGGUAUGACCCUGAGACCAACCGCUGGACGUUUGUGGCCCCCAUGUCCGUGGCCCGGCUGGGAGCUGGCGUGGCCACCUGUGGGGCGGCUCUGUACGUGGUGGGGGGAUUUGACGGAGUGAACCGCUGGAACACUGUGGAGCGCUACCACCCCGACACCAACACCUGGCAACAAGUGUCCCCCAUGCACUCGAUGCGCAGCGGGUUGGGUCUGGUGUGUAUGGACUCCUACCUGUAUGCAAUUGGGGGCUACGAUGGGCGGACACAGCUGAGCAGCGUGGAGCGCUACAACAUAGUGAAGGACGUGUGGGAGCCCGUGGCAUCCAUGAAACACUGCCGCAGUGCCCACGGCGUCACCGUCUACCAGGGCCGGAUAUUUGCACUAGGCGGAUUUAACCAGGCUGGCUUCUUGUCCAGUGUGGAGUGCUAUUGCCCGGAGAGCAAUGAAUGGACAUACAUAACAGACAUGCCUGUUGGACGGAGUGGAAUGGGCAUCGCCGUCACUAUGGAGCCUUGCCCGGGCAACCUGCCGGAACAGGAAGAGGAAGAAUGACAUUGAAUGAUAUUACCUCACACAGACCAAAUCAAAUUCUCCUGCCCUGUGUUCGCAUCAUCCACUCAUUCACUGCACUAUAGUGAAUAAAAAACACAAAGUUAUUCCCUAUAUAGUGCAUUUUCUAGUGAAUGAGUAGAUGUUCUGACCAUAGAGCCAAAGACCACAUCACUGGAGUGUCUAGAAUGCUGUGCCUUUUGGGGAUUUUUUUGUUGUUGUUUGUUUUUACAGUUUUGUAAAUGGUAAUGUAAUGACAGUUUUUGUUAUUUGCACAUCUUUUCAUGACGUAACUGCAUCAGUGUUUUGCCAUAUUCUUCUUAUUUUUAUAGACAAAUGAAGACUGCUGAUUCAUCAGCACAAAAAGUUGUAAUGAAGUAUAUUCAUGCUGCUGCGGGACAUACUGGUUUUAAUCCCACCCAGUUAGUCCUGGAAAUACCACAAAAUCAUAAAUCAAAGAAAUCUGAAAGAGUCAUGUAGCAAUUUCUGUCAUGCAGGCACACCUGAGACAUUUUUGGCAGUCUGAUUUUUAAACGGAAGGACUUAUAGGUAAGAAGUUGCCAAAUCAUUUGCCUCAAAAACAUGCAGACUGAUUCUCCCCAUGUGCUUUGUAGCCUGACAUGUGAAUGCACCUUGCAUUGCCGAAUUCUCAGGCAGAAUAAACAGGUGAAAGUGGAGAGGGAUCUCUGUGUGAUACUCUUUUGCAAUCUUAUGUGGAAAUUGCAGAAAGGUUGAUCUGAAGAAGAGCUUUAAUUUUUGUGUGUGUGCUGUAACAUUUGUCAUACACUAUGUAUACAAAAGUAUUGGGACACUUAAAACGUCUUCAUCACUGAAUUCAUAUGUUUCGUUCAGACCCAUUGCCACAGGUGUGUUAAGCACCUAGUUAUGCAAUCUGCAUUCACAAUUCACAUUUGUGAAAAAACGGGUUGUUCUGAAGAGCUCAGUUAAUUCAAGUGGGGUACUUUCAUAGGAUGCACAAAGCAAGGUCCACAAAGACACAUGAUUAGUGUGAGCUUGGUGUAUAAGAACUUGACUGGCCCACACAGAGCCCUGACCUCAACCCCAUCAAGCACCUAUGGGAUGAAUUAAUGGAGGUGUCAGGUCUUCUCAUCCAACAUCACAAAUGCUGGGAUCUGGAUGGGAUUUCAUAAAAGUUCCUGUAGGUGUAAAGGUGCUUUUGUCUCUACAGUGUACUUAACAUUUUUGACUCAAAUCAACGAAAAAACAUUAUUUAUGACCGCCACUACUGAUAGGGGCCCUUUUAUUGACGCAUUUCUGUUUCUGAAGAACUACUGAAGCAAUUUGGUAUGUUUACACUUGACCACAUCUGCUUACUCAACAAAAUGUCAACGGCCAAUCAGAAUUCAGCAGCUACUACAUUCUUUAGAUGUACACCAGAUUUUGUGAAAUUGUGUCCAUAGAGGGCACCUCAGCUUAUAUAUUUCACUAUCUCAAGACUACAUGUGCCAAUAUCUUGUGAUUUAAAGGUUCAAAGUUUACCAUCAUGGGGGCCGCUGCAACUGACAACAUUUCAAUAGCUGUUUGGUACCCCAUGAUCACCGUGUCUGGAUGUGGAUAUGUGUAUCUGUGCAUUAAAUCAGUUUUGGAGCAGCA